AGGCAUCUCUAUUCAUCUGAUAUUCUCACAUGGUGGCUCAGCGAUGCAAGGCCCUGGCGUUGGUUCUGCUUCUGCAGCUUGCGGACGGUUUCACGUUCCCCUUGCUGCCUGCAACAUACUCAAGGCGGCCAGUGACGGCAAACGCCAGAAGGUGCAAGGUGUCUCCGAUGUACUCCAGCUACAGGAUGAGUGCAAACAACGAUGCUGACGACGCAUCGGCAAAUGCGUACGACGAGGAAUCGAUCGAGGCCUUCCGGUCGUUGAUGCAACAGUCUUGGAAAGGGAAGAAGAGUGAAUCAAAAGAGUUCGACGGGUAUGCUUUCAGAGACCUGAUUGUAGAGAAAUGGGGUGUGCCAUAUGACGUACAGAUCAAGAGGGAAUACUUUCUUGGUAAGCCGAUGAUCUUCUUCAACGUGAUGUGGAAAUGGUGCGGCCAACAGUCGUUUCCACUCACCGAGACGGAAUAUCUGGAGCAUUUGCAGUUUCUUGCGGAGCUGUGCGUGAAGUGGGACAGAGUAGAUCUUCUGAAGGAAGAGAUUGCAAAGUGUCGGAAGCGACCAAAUGGUUACUUCGGAUAUGCUGUGGCGCUACCCCUAGACCUGCCCCAGGAAGUGAUGAAUGAGCUGGACAUUCCAGAAGGUCGAUGAACGAGCGUGAUUCAAGAUGUCAUAACUUCAAGAUAUCACAAAUUCCGGUCGUGAUCGUGAAGUUUGCUGCGCACUUGCUGAAGAGCAUGUAAGAGUUUAAAUGAUUCGGGAAACUCCC